AAAAAAUCAGUGCUCACGGCGGCGUUUUUGGAACUGAGGGUCGAUGCAGCGAAAGCACUCAAAAAAAAAAGUGCAUUUUUGCUGAGUAGUUGAGGCACUUUGUUAUGUUUGUGUUGUUUUCUCUCCUAAUUGUCCUUUUUCCCGUUUUGGAUCAACAUCAUCGUGACAACAGGCGAUGAGGCGGUUUCUAGGCGGUAGACUAGCCUCGUGCCCCGCGUACCUGCAGCCCCGCCCUCCCCGACAGCCACCGCCACGGGCUCCGGCCGCCGGGAGCGCGAAGCCCAGGAGCUGGAGCGCCGCCGCUGGUUUGAAAGCCAUGAUGCUGCCCUCUGCUGGCAAAGCGCCCGGACGACCUCCGGCCUUCCACCCGCCCUGGAACAAAGCCAGAGUCGGGCCUGUGACAGCGACGGGAGGAGGGGGGGAAAGACGGGAGGGAAGAGAGGGCGGGGGAGCAGGAUGGGCAGUUGAGAAUGGAGGGAGCGGACGGGGGAGGAGAGAUGAAGGGACGGCGAGGAGGGCGGACGGAGGAGCGACGGAGGCACGGCGAACGAGCCACAAUGGCGCGAGAGGCGCUGCUGAAAGAGGAGGCGGCACCGGGCCAGAGCGUCGGGGAGAGCUGCCCGGGCACUUCCCCGGCCUGGAUGGCGGCCCGCCCGGCGGCGGGAGUUAUUUCCAGACGUCUUCUGAAGCCCAGGCGGAGAAACAAAGGCUGAGCGAGGCCCUCGGCCUCAUCUCUCUCGCCAGAAGGCUCCGGGGAGCCGCCAGGGUGGGAAACGAGGAGCGGAGUGACGGCGGCGAAAACCGGCCCGGAGGAGGAGAGAGCGGCAGGGAGAUGUACGGCUCCCUGGGAGAUUUGAGCGUUUCCGCGUCACUGUGCGAAAGAGUCGCUCGGGAGCCGAGGAGGACGAGGUGGGAGAGCGAGUCGGAGGACGGGAAUAGCUCCACCGAGGUGUGGCGGAGGAGAGGAGGGAAAUGUCAACGCUGCCGCUCGGGAGCAGGAAGCGGCAGCCGGAGCCCCUCCGGUGCCAGCAGCCACACCUCAUCCGACCGCGACGAGACCGAGACGGAGUCCGGCGAAGAGACGGGGAAGGACGAGGGAGGCCCUGGCGCGGACACGGAGCCAGAGCGCGGAAGGCGAGCGGAGGAGUCGGGGCCGCAGGGGGGCGAUGGAAGGACGGACGAGUGGAGCAGACGGCGCUCAAAGGGGAGCGCCGGCAUCGGCGGUCGCAGCGCACGCGGACGAGAGACGGACUCUGAGGGCGUGAGGUGUUCAGGUCCGGCGCUCAGCGGUUGCAGGCCACAGACGGCCGGGCGCCAGCGCUCUUCCCGCGCGGCGGUAGAGGAAGACGGCGACGGAGAGGAGGCGGGCGGAGAACCGGCGGAGCACCUCGUCCCGUCGGACCGCGGCGCGACGGACGCCUCGGACGACUUGUCGGCCAUCAUGGAGGACGCCGAGGGGGAGGAGAGGAGCAGCGGCCGUGGCGGGAAAGGGGAGGAGGAGGAGGAGGAGGAGCAAUAUCCGGAGGGAAAAUGAAUCCGCGGAUUGAAAAUGCAGACGGAGCCCUUGGCUACCCAAGAUGCAGUUCUUUGCCACUAACAAGGCAACAGGAAACGCCGGAUCAAGCCGCCGGCGGACCGGGAGUACGAGACCAGCUCCACCGGCGAGGACAGCGCGCCGGAGACGCAGCGCG